AAUUCAUAAACUGUUGGUGCCUUUUCUGUUUUUACUGUCUCAUACACUGACCAUUUGGAAUAUGUGUGAUGUUAAACGAAAAUGUAUCCGUUUUCCAAACUUGCAUAUUUCAAGGUGCACCAUAACUACAAACACUAAAUCCUAGUUCAGCUUUGUGAUGAACACUGCGAUCUUGUCCUGCAUGGGACUUUUUAUUCUUUCUGUAUCUGAUUACUCAUCUCUGACGGGAGAUAACUGCUGUCUUUUCAGGGUCAUAAGAGGUGUCUAAUCCAUUGCAAAUCAAAAAAAGAACUCAAUGAAAGAAAAAAACUGGAUCAAUAUUGACCUAUUUAAUUGGCCCAUCAGUAGCAAAACACUAUCGUAGUCAGUGAAAUGAAGGAUAGCUUCAAGUCCUUGAAAUAGCACUGUCAGGUUUUGGGGACCAAAGAUAAAAAAAAAAAAAAAAGAAAAAGACCUGCAAAUAAAUUGCUCUUGAAACAGUAGUACCUAUCAAAGCUCAUCAAAAAGAUAACAAAAUUGAUAUAAUGUAAGCUAUGCCUGAUCAACAGCUGAGGGCAAUGUCAGAAAAGGAAGCCUGCAGUUAUUAAAAAGAAUUUAUCAGUGAGAAUGCUAGUACGACCCAGGGAAAAGGAUUAUUUGAUUGUUAGGAUUAGCAAGCGUAAGGUAAAAAUAGGAGUCAUCAAGCUACCAUACCUUGAUAGAAGUAGCCCUUAAAACCUUUUUGCUUUGCCCCCUCAUUCUUGUUCUUCAAGAAACUUUAAAAUGUAAUCUUUAGUAUAUGCAGGUUAACUGACAUUCAGGAAAAUUCUGAAUUCACUAACUCACCUAGUCAAAAAAUAUUUACAGAGUACCUACUGUUAAUAUUAGGUACUAAUAGGUGGGGGAAUCAAUAAAGUAAGACUCAUUUGCUAAGCCAGCCAUGCAAAGAUCCAGGAGAAAGGUAGCACAUGUUGGGUAAUAACCACCUAGGCUUGUUAGGCGAAUGGUAAGGCCAGUGUGCCUAGACAAGAGGACAAGGUAAAGAGUGGGAUACAAAAGGAGCUAAGUGCCAGAUCAUGUAGGGCCUUGGGAGUAACGGUAAGGAGUACAUGCCUUAUUCUGGGCAUAAUCAAAGGCUAUGGAGGAUUUAAAACGGAGAAUGACAGUCAUCUGAUACACAUUUUUAAGAGUACAAUCAAGAUUUAAGAUACUGUUGACAAGUAGUGUAGGUUGAGUAUCCCUCAUCUGAAAUGCUUGGGACCAACCAGAAAUGUUUCAGAUUAUGGAAUACUUGUAUUAUACCAAUUGAGCAUCCCAAAUCCAAAAUCCUCCAACGAACAUAUCCUUAGAAUGUCAUGGCAGUGCCCAGAAAGCUUUGGACUUGAGACUCAGAAUGCUCAACCUGUAGUAGUAACAAAGUUGGUGAAAGUGGUUUGGUUCAAGAUAUAUUUUGAAGGUAGCCCCUUCCAGACCUGCUGCUACCUUGGUCAUGGAUGUGAUGAAGGGACGGAAGGAAUCAAGGAUGACUCGCGGGUUUUUGGCCUAAAACUUGGUUGAGUAGUGAUGCCAUUAAGAGGCAAGUUUGGACGUAAAAAAUGUGUUUUGCAAAUAUUAGGUUCAAGGUGCUUAUUAGACAUGUAAGAGAGGUGUCAACAACAGGCAGAUUGAGACUGAAGCUUGGGAUAGAUUAAGACCAACGAAGGCGACUAAUUUUGCCAUUCUCAUCCACCUUAUAGUAUUUCGAGACAGCCAACUUAACCUUCUUUCUCUUAUGCUUAUUCUUCUUGGGAGUGGUGUAAGACUUCUUCCUUUUCUUAGCGCCACCACGGGAAGUCUCAACACAAGAUGAAGAGUGGACUCCUUUUGAAUGUUGUAGUCAAACCAUUUAAGCUCCUAGGAAUUUUGGAUGUUGAAAACAUCCCCUGUGCACGGGAUUCGGUCUUGUAUGGUUCAUUAGGAUCCGCUGUGGCUGGCCUUGGACAUCUUUUGUUAACUAGUAGAAUUAGAAGAUCAUGUGAUGUUGGAGUAGGAGGAUUUAUCUUGGUGACUUUAGGAUGCUGGUUCCAUUGUAGGUAUAAUAAUGCAAAGCAAAGAAUCCAGGAAAGAAUUGCCAGAGAAGGGAUUAAAAAUAAGAUACUAUAUGAAAGCACCCACCUUGAUCCUGAAAGAAAACAAACUGACGGCGACAGCAGCAGCUAAGCAAUCUUGAGCACAGAAUACCAAACACAACUCCCUGAUGUCGACGUGAACAAAGCUGGUAUUAAUCACAUAAAACAUUUUAUGUUCAAUAAGCUCGCCAUCAAGUAAAUAAAGUAUGUGUAAGUUGUA